CAUUUCUCCAUAUUUGAUGACAAUUCCGCUCCCUGCAAGCAGCAAAUCCAUCGCAGAUACAAAAGUAUCUACCUUCGGUUCCUCAUUAUUAUAGAUCGCGGUCUUCUCCUUUGUAUACAUAGAUUUGAUUCUAUCAUGUCGUUCUACAGGGUUACUGUGCAUCCUUCGGUGACAUCAUCCGCCACGAUGUUGAGAUGCGCGAGCAGACCAUUCAAUACACAAUGCGCACAAGCGCUCAGGAGUUUCUCCUCGUUUGGAAAUACAUACCGGUCUUCAAAGCGUGAUAUGCAAACCGCUACCGCCUACCGACCCCAUACCUUACCGUCUGUUUUCCCUCCUCCGUCCCGAAAUGCCGGCACCCCAGACACAUCUAUCGCAGCAGAAUUCCCAUCAACUCCUGACACGACGAUGCAAAAACAAGGACAGAUUGAAGGCUAUUCGAAUGUGAGCCUGCGAGAAGGGGAAGCUCAGAAGUCGAAGCCUGUUACAACCGCACCCACCACAAGCUCGACACCCACGGAAAAGCCCCGAAGAAAAUUACGGGCAAGAAAGGCAGCCAUGAAGUUGACGCCGCUCGCGGUUGAGCAACUCCAUAAGCUUCUGGCACAGCCAGACCCCAAAUUUAUUCGAGUGGGUGUGAAGAAUCGGGGAUGUUCUGGGCUCGCCUACCAUCUCGAAUACGUUGAAAAACCUGGAGCUUUCGACGAAGUUGUUGAACAAGACGGAGUGAAAGUUCUAAUUGAUAGCAAGGCUUUGUUCAGCAUAAUUGGUAGCGAAAUGGAUUGGCAAGAGGACAAGCUGAGCCGAAAGUUUGUCUUCCGAAACCCCAAUAUUAAGGAGCAAUGCGGAUGCGGCGAAUCCUUCAUGGUCUAGGAACAUCGUCUGUUGUAAUGUUCACUUUUGCUACUGGGUUAAUUGGGGGUUUAUUCAGGUGCAUUUGACGGCGUUACUGUGGCUUCUAACGAUUUUCACACACUCACACAUCUUAUUUCUGGGCUUACGACUUUCUUUUACCGUUUACAUGCCCCGGCAACACGAGGUUGGUAGUCGGCCCAGCUGUGCUCUGCGAGGACGGCAUUUAGAAGGAAUGACUGGGGCUUUUCCUAUCUGGCAUGGGAUGCAGUCCUCUUCCGCAGAGCAGUUUUCCGGUUUGACGCUCGAGAUAUUUGGGCAGAGGUUACCAGGACCUGUCGAGCUUCAAACAGACUGUACAUAUACCUUAAGAAUUAUAAUGAAACUAUAUAUUGUGAC